AAUUCUUUUGACACAAGCUCAUUUUUUCGAACCCAAUCAAGUUGUUCUUCUGUUUGGAUGGAUGGAGUAUCGAUUGUCUCCAUUCCUUCCUUUGCCGCCUACAAUAUAAUGAUCAGAGGUUGUGAGCUACGGCAUGUGUUGCUUGGGAUAUUCAUUCUCCUGUCAGUAGUUGUCUGCUCGUCGGCGUUUUCCAAUCAUAAACAUCCACGUCCUGGUCAGAUACCCCACAAUACUGAUAAUAGGGAGCCAACAGAGAAAGAGAAAACGGUGGUGAUUGCCUAUCACAAACCAGCCAAUGUCAUUACAUCCCAUUCCGACGAACAAGCCCUGUCAGAAGGACACGCACGACGGAGUACUGUCUACGACGAUAUUCAAUCCAUGAAGGGAUGGGUGAUUGUCGACCCACAACAACAACAUUCACAACACAAUAAUAAUAAUUGGCAACGUGCCACGGGAAUCCACUCCAAGCUGCAUGCCAUUGGGCGUCUCGAUUGCGAUACCACGGGACUCUUACUACUGACCAACGAUGGUGGAUUGGUUCAUCACGUGACCAAUCCCAAUGCCAAAUCCAAUGCGAAUAAAAAGAAAAAGAAGAAGAGUAUCUCCAAAACCUACCAUGCCGUCAUUAUGGGAUACCACGAACAGGAUUGCGACAGUUUCCAACAAAUGAGAACCGAGGGCAUGGACAUUGGAUCCAAAUAUGGCGGUGUCACUCGUCCCGUGAUCGACCUCACGGUGCUCGAUCAUCCCACCCCCAAAUCCACACAAGUUUCGAUAACCAUUGGCGAAGGACGCAAUCGACAAGUCCGACGCAUGUUUCAUGCCAUGGGAUCGGGUGUCAUGAAAUUGAAACGAGUUCAAAUUGGAGAUAACCUCACGCUCGACGGGAUUGAACAGGAAGGUCAAUGGCGGAUCCUGGCUCCACAGGAAGUCUCCCGUGCGCUCGAAUGGUCGGCGAGGAAUAUUCAACAAAAGCAGCCACGAAAUCAGCAGUCAACGAGAAAACGAAAUCAUACGAAUAAUAAUAAGCCGACAAAAGCAACCCAUGGGACAGCAACAACAACGACAACGACAACAACAACAACAACAAGCCGUCCAGAAAGACAGUGAGUGGCAAGGAGGGAACAGCUCCGCAAAGUGUUGCCGUCGAGAGACGGCCCGAUCCAACCGUGAUGACCAUCUCUCUUUCGUCAUUGGAUCUUUCAUGGUAUGGUGCCAGAUAACACUGACGUUGUGGUACGGUAGUGUCAAAUAGACCCUGGCCCACUUUCUUAUCCGUACGUCGGAGCAUCCCGAAUCGAAUCGCCGCUACAGGUUCCCUGAUGCAGUGGGCCACAACAGCAUGACAUCAGAUCUGCUUACAACAGCGUAGCUUUGCUAACAAUACGCAAACAAAAGAAGAACAUGAGCUCUAGCUAGCUAGCUAGCUAUAUCCUGUGUGCUGACUUGCAAAUUUUGUUGGAUCCAUCCAUCAAUGAUCCGUUCGGUUUGGUACUGGUACAGCUACUAGCUAGUACUGGCACAUAGCUGCUUGCCCUUCUAGAGGUUUACAUCUCGCUCGUUUACUUCGGUAGCUACCUGGCGGUAGAUAACGCAUCGUUGUCAACAACCUUAUUCUCUAAAAAUAAAACAAUACUUGAGGACCUCCAUAAUAUACUGUAGAUUCGCAUGCACCUUCGAAGCAGAUGGUGGUACGGUCCCAGAGCCAACCUCAUGUUGUACCGUGGGUGUGAUUGCAUUUUUCGGAAUUCUAACAGCUGAGGUCAAAGCGGUCGUGCAUGACUGACGUAUUCCCAGAGCCCUGG